AUGGUGCUGUACUAUCAGUUUGUGAGUUUUGCGCUCGCGAUAUUUUCUACGACUUCACUAGCUCAAAACUCGAGUUACGAUGUACUUGAUUAUGUUGACCAGUUGAUUGGGAGUGCGAACGGAGGAAAUGUCUUUCCAGGAGCGACAAUCCCUUAUGGAAUGGCCAAAGCAUGUCCAGAUGUUGACUCUGGUUCAAAUCAAGGAGGCUUCACAACUGAAGGCGGAAAGGUCUUUGGAUUCUCCAGUAUGCAUGACAGUGGUACAGGAGGUAGUCCUUCUUUGGGAAACUUUGCACUGUUUCCGUACGCUGGCUGCCCUGGAGAUGACAUAAACGGAUGUGUCUAUCCCAAAGACUUCAGAAAGAUUCCUUAUGUCAACACUUCUGUCAAGGCAUCUCCAGGUUACUUUGGAAUACAAUUAGCCAGCGGAGUUCAAGCAGAGAUGACUACAUCUCAACAUACAUCGCUGUUUCGCUUCAAGUUCCCACCGACAGAUGCCAGUGGAAGGGCUUCGAGUCCACUCAUUCUUCUGGAUUUGACUGAUCUUUCAAACUCAAGACAAGACAAUGGGACCGUCAAAGUGGAUGCUAAGUCUGGAAGAAUGACAGGAAGUGCGCGUUUUUUACCUAGUUUCGGAAUCGGAAGCUACACACUUUAUUUCUGUGCCGAUUUCAAAGGUCUAGUUCGGGAUAAUGGUGUAUUUGUAAACACUCGUGCGAGCGCGGAUGUGAAGGAGUUGACCUUGGCACGCUCUAUCAAUGGGUAUCCUCUACCAGGCGGCUCGUUCGUGCGGUUUACUUCCCCAACUUCCAACGGAAUUCUUGCCCGGGUUGGAGUGAGCUUUAUCAGCAGUCAGCAAGCUUGUUCGAAUGCUGAAUCUGAAAUACCUACUUUUGAUUUCGAGGCUACACACACUGCCGCCAGAAAUCUUUGGGAGACAAAAAUCAGCCCAAUCAAAGUAUCGACCACUGGCGUCAACUCCUCUAUGCUAAAGAACUUCUAUUCCGGGAUUUACAGAACAAUGGUUAACCCUCAGGACUACACCGGCGAAAACCCACUUUGGAAAAGUUCAGAGCCAUAUUAUGAUUCGUUCUAUUGUAUAUGGGACCUGUUCCGGUCUCAAAUGCCAUUUUUGACAAUCCUAGAUCCGGUUGCCAUCACUAGACAGAUAAGAUCUCUGAUCGAUACUUACAGACAUCUUGGUUGGCUUCCAGAUUGCCGCAUGAGUCUUUGCCAAGGAUACACUCAAGGAGGGAGUAACGCAGACAACGUGCUAGCAGAUGCAUACCUAAAGGGAAUUUCAGAUGGAAUAGACUGGGAAGAAGGAUAUCAAGCUGUUGUCAAAGACGCAGAAGUCGAACCUUAUUUCUGGUCUGUUCAAGGCAGAGGUGGCUUGGACUCGUGGAAGUCACUCGGUUACAUUCCGAAAGAAGAUUUCGACUACAAGGGGACAGGAACAAUGACAAGAAGUUUGUCCCGCACAUUGGAGUAUAGUUAUAAUGACUUUGCAAUUACUCAGAUUGCCACUGGACUUGGAGGCAAAGAUGCUGACGUAGAGAAAUACAUUUCACGCAGUUCAAAUUGGCAGAACUUAUUCAAGCCUGAUCAGAGCGGAGGUAGUAUCAAAGGUGUCGACACUGGAUUUCGUGGAUUUCUGCAGCCAAAGUAUCUUAAUAAGACAUUCGGAUACCAAAACCCUUUGGCGUGUAGUAAUGUCGACACGGAUCCGAACAGCAUUUGUUCGUUGCAACGAACUGCAGGAGAGACUUUUGAGAGUAGCAUUUGGGAAUACUCGUUUUUCGUCCCUCACGAUCAAGGAAGACUUAUAACUAAACUUGGUGGCCCCGAUGCAUUUAUCAAACGUCUUGACUAUAUGCAUGACAAUCAGAUAACAUAUAUUGGCAAUGAGCCUGCGUUCCUAACAGUUUUCCAAUACCACUAUGCAGGAAGACCAGGAUUGUCAGCGAAAAGAUCGCAUUACUACAUUCCCGCAUACUUCGGUAUUACGCAUGACGGACUGCCAGGAAACGAUGACAGCGGCACUAUGGGCGCAUUUGUCGCCUUUUCCAUGCUCGGAUUAUUUCCCAACCCUGGCCAGAAUGUGUACUUCAUCAUCCCGCCAUACUUUGAAUCAGUCUCAAUCACCUCGCCACUGACGAACAAGACUGCAACAAUUAAAAACGUCAAUUUCGACGCGACGUAUAAAAACAUCUACAUUCAAUCAGCCACGCUCAAUGGCGAAGUAUACACGAAAAACUGGAUUGAUCAUUCUUUCUUCACUGAAGGCAAAGAAUUGAUCCUAACUCUUGGGCCGGCUGAAAGUGCAUGGGGCACAAGAGUUGUGGAUCUGCCACCGAGUCUAGGGAAAUACGAAGGCUUCACCAAUUUCACUGGCAACUCAACGGUGGAGAAAAGAGCACAGGUCUUUGCUAGUGUUCCGCUUGAUAAAUUGACAGAAAAGACUGGUGCUAAAUAUUGGGCUGCUGAAGAGGGCUGA